AGGUUUUCGAUAAUGAGUAUAUUGUGUUACAAAGGAGUCACAAACCACACAAUGUUUGAUACACUGUAACACAGAUUCAGUAACAGCUUCACAAUGGAAUCUCCAAAGAGACCCAUCAGAACAGUAUUCUCAGGAAAUUUUUGAUGGGCUAGUGAUGAGAUUUGAGGAACCGAAUGGCUCUAACAGAUGGGACUCUCCACUGUUUAUUGUACAGAAAGACGAUAUAUUACCAUUAGAGGCGAUAUCCGAUACAUUACUGAAACGUAAACCCCCUCCACAAAAUGCCUCAACUUUACCGCAACCCCUCUCAUCAACUAAUUUCCUGUAUGAAUUAGACAGAGUUACCACAGAAAUAGUACAAGUGAUAAUAGCUGCAUUAAAGACAUUUGUACCUGGAGACAAAAUCAGUAUACCUAGUUCUACAGAUAAAUUAAAUCUCUGCAGACCGUUUACACUGGCUGAACUUCAGCGAAGCAGACGACAGUUUAUUACAUAUACUAAAAUGCAUCCUGUAGACGAUAUCUCGAAAAUAGGAAAUAUGUUUGUGCAAUAUUUAAACAAUACUUUAAAGUGACUGUGUCUGCAUAUUUUAUUUUGUUUUUAUAAAAAGUGAAUAAAAAUUGAAGCAA